GUCCCGAGUCAAAGAUGGCGGAGGGGAAGGAGUGACGCAGAGGAGGCCGUCCAUGCUAUUUUCUCGUUUUUACGCCCUUAGGUAGCCAUGGACAGCGGUGGGGGUCAUAGUGGUCCUGGUGAUGGGGGAGAGAGAGUGCCUGACCUCAGCUCCAGGAAGGAUGUUUCAGGCAGUGGCAACACCAGGAUAGAGAAGGAGACCACUAGGACGCCCUCUGAUAGAUUGCUCAUGGGUGAUAGAUGGAGCCAAGAGGAAAACAGUGCAGUAACACCUAAUGAAGUCAACCAAAUUUUGAGAUUGCCCAGUGCUCACCCCCUUACCAAUGGCAUGCCAGCUGUAAAUGGCAUUCACAAAGUUCAGUCUGGACUCCCUGUUCAAACUGGAGGAGUCAGCUUACAUGCAUCAGAAAAGCAUAGUGAACAAUCUCUACUAAACAACAACUUGAUUGAGGAUAAGUGUAACCUUCGCUGCGCUGAUGAGAAGUCCUAUUGCCUGUACCAUAAGUUUCCAGCCAAAGUUAACAACAAUGUAUACCCGGAAAAAGGAACCACGGUGAAGGACGGAAUGGAUGAGUAUUUUCAGAUGAAUGCUCCUCUCUCUGGGAAGUUGCCAAUGCAGCCACAGCAGCAACAUCCACAGGCUCCUGUGAGGCGCAAUGAGUUGAGUCCCAGCAGAGACCCCCCUAGGUACCCUGAUCAGCUUAAUCUUCUUAAUGGCGAAGAAGAGGAUGAGGAUGAUGGCUGUAUCUACACAUAUAAAGGGGAAAACUUUGAGGCCAACCUCUCACACCUUAUUGACAUGUGCCUCAGUUGUGGGUUGCCUAACACGGAGCGUAGUGUUGACGGUCAGGAACUGUUGAAUGGUGUCCGCAGGCCUGACCCGCCUGAGCAGAAUAAUCUGUUCUCACCAGAAAUGGAUUUUUUAGAAAUGGACUUUGACCCUGGACCAAAUGGGGAUGGUGCCGUAGAUUCUGACUGUGAAGACAAUUGUCUUGACGAGUGUGAUAGUAGGUUAGUUAGGGAAAAUGCUGCUGCCUUUAGUGUUGCCGGUGCUUUGAAUCCUAUAAGUGUUUUAGACAGAAAAGCAAAUAAUUAUUGUCCUGAAAUGAGGAACCUUAUGUGUAAACGGUGUGAAUCUAGUAUACGUGAUGGUAAAAUUGACAAUGUGGCCUUGAAUCUGAGUGUGCAUGAAAACUCUUAUGUUACUUUUGGUAGAGGCCCAAGUGCUGGCUUAGACGAUAGACCAGCAGUUGGGAGCAGUGUCCUCAAUGUGCCAAGAGAUGCAAUGAAUGUCCCCAAAGACCUAAAUGUAGAAUUAAAUCAGUUCAGUGAGGCAGGAAGUUGUCCAGAAAACCGAGCUGCGGCUCCACAACAGGAAGAAGAGUAUGAUCCUCCUGAUAAUGACAGUGUGGAGAACAACUUAGGAAUGGGUGACAUGGACAUGAUUGAUGAAGAUUUUGGCGAUGAAGCAGAUGAUGAAGAUGGUGAUGACAGCAAUUCUGAAAGAUACGAAUCAUCAGUAAGGUACCCCCAUGCUAACGGUAGCAGCACGGAAACGGCACUAAAGGAUGGCGAAGAUCCUUCAGUGAUCCAUAGUAGCUCAAGCAAAAGCACCAGCAAGACCACCAACAAGUCGGGCAAGGGGUCCAACAACAACUUGGGAUCUGUCUCUGCACCUGAGGUAAGCCCAGCCAAAGAGUACAGCCUCCUUGAAAAGUUUGGUCGCAGUGUCAGCUUCCACAAUCAGCUGUCCAGCCCUAAGUAUGAGAAUGUAUGUUUCUCUCACCGACCAAAGAAUGAAGAACGACAGUGUGAGCAACAGGCAGAGAGGAAUGGUGCACCACAAGCUGAGACAGCGAAUCUAGAAGCGUGUGUUGGGAGAUUACAUCGCAGAGAAAAUUCUGUCUUCAACAUCCUUUCAGAUCCAAGUGGAAAGGCAUCACAGAGUAUCAAGCUAGGUUGCGAUGGGUCUGUGUCCAGUGUCCAUGCUGAGAGCAGUAUAGGCUCCUCUAUCAAACGCUCAAGCCCUGCUCAGGGAGGCCAGGCGGCGUCGCCAACUAGUGGAAGUUACACAGCUGGCACCUCUCCAUCACCUUCAGUUGGUACCUCGAUGCUGGUAGGUCCUGGAGGAGUCUCCACUUGUUCCGUGGGAACUGGUGGGUCACCCUGCCCACUGCCUGUCAAGUCACUGCAGCCCAAGAACAGGAACCCCUCGCAGGAUCCCAACACGGUGAGUUGGUUUUGUUCUCUGUGCCUGGAUCUUGCUGAUGAGAAAGCUGUUCUAUUUUGA